AUGAAAAGUAUCAUAGCGGGAUUACUAGCGCUAUUGAUAAAGGCAACGAAUGAAGGAAAAUCUCGUGAGCAACUUCCUUCAAUUCUAGAUAGUUUUUUAUCAUCACACAACGUCGCUAUUGAAAAAGUUUAUUUAUGGUUGUGUGAAAAUAAAAUGACAAAUUUGGACUACGUAUUUUUUAUGGGAUAUUUGAAUUAUUCAGGAUUCGGUACUAAUUUGGAUUUUAAUAAAGCAUUCAAUUAUUUUCAUCAAGCUUCUUCCGAAAAGCAUCCUAUUUCUCAAUAUUAUUUAGGAAUUUGUUAUGAAUUUGGGUAUGGUACAGCAAUUGAUAAACGGUCAUCAUUUUCAUCCCUAAGUGCAAAGGGUGAAUAUCCUUUUGGUAUAAAUAUGUUGGGUUAUUGCUAUUUAAAAGGUAUUGGAACUUCCAUUGAUACAAAGAAAGGUUUUAACUUGUUUUUACAAGCCGCAAAUAUGAAAAAUAAUAUUGCUCAAUAUAAUAUCGCUGUUUGUUUUGAAGAUGGUAUUGGCACAAUAAAAAAUUUUGAUAAAGCAAUACUAUGGUACACAAAAUCUGCUGAUAAUGGUUAUGAUAAAGCCAUAAAAAGAUUGGAAAAGCUAUCUGACGAUUUACUUUUGGAUUAUGAAAAAAAGAAUAUUGUUGACGCUGGCAAAAAAGAUGUUGAUUCGCUAACUGAACAGAAAAUCAUACAACAAUGGAAAUUGAAUUAUGGUUUAUUUUGCGAUGGAGCUAGCAUUCAACCAAGUAAAAAGGCUGUUUUGGUUGAUGAUGGUGAUUUGGAUAUAAAUUUGUAUAAAGGGAUGCCUAUAGUUUUUAUUAAUACAAACAAUCCUGAUUGUUCUACAAGCCCACUCACUAUAGAGAAUCAUAACUGUGGGAUUUAUUCGGAUGUGUGCAUUAAUUUCCCGGUCAUUGAAAUCACUUAUAAAGCCGAUCAAUUAGAAUUUUUUUCAAAAUUUACGGAUGAUGAAGUAUUACACGAAUUAUAUGGCCAUUUUAUUGCAAAAAAAAUUUUAGCUGGUGGACAGUUACAUAUUAAAAAUUUCAGCUUAGCGGCACCGUCACAAAGAGAAAUUUUGAAAUUUUAUAUAAUUUGGGCAUAUAAUUUGGCUAAAAAUAAUAACGAAACUCCGUUCGAUAAUAAUUCUUUUGACUUGAGUAUUUUACCAAGAAUAGAAACUUCAAAAGGUGUGGCGUUAGACACACUUCAAAAAUUAUCAAAUUGGCUAAGAAAAUUAUAUCAGGAUAACAUAAUAAAUAUUAUUUCUUAUGAAGAUCUUGUUUCUAUAAAAGGUGAAAUAUCAUCAGAUAAACAUCCUGGAAUUGCUAAUUUUAAAGAAAAGUUAGGGUUGGAAAUGUGGGUUGGAAAUGAGGCAUAUGUUAAGUUAGCAAAAUGGAUCAAAGAUUUUCACCUAUUUCUAGGUCUUGCAAUUAACAAAUCAAAUGAAGUAGAAAGUAGCAAGAAAUUUGCCAUUAAUUUUAUUGAAGUUCCCACAAUAAAUUCAAGAGAUGAAUCUUAUUUUGAACUAAUAAAUCCUACGACAAAAUUGGAGGAAAUUUUAAUAUCCAAUAAUAUUUUCUCAAUUAAAAAUUUUAGAAACUUUCCAUUUAUUAUAAAUGAUGAUUUUAAUGAUAAAGAAAAUAUUCAUUUAGUAGUGAAAUAUGAACAAUACGAGAUAUUAAUAAGUAGGUAUCAUAUAAAACCUUCGGAAGUAUUUAAGAAUGCUAUAGAAGAAGCACUAAAAAGUAUGAAACCAUUUAAUGCUUUGCAAGAUGUGUUUAAUGUAUAUGGGCAUUUAUUCCCAUUAAGAAUUAUCUUAGGAAAAUCUCUUAAAAAUAUUUUAACCACAGAGAUUUUUGGUAUUGAAAAGAUUAAUUUAAAAUUACCAAUCUUAUCCUUACAAUCAUAUUUGAAUAAUUUAAAUAUUACAUACCUCACAACACAAAAAGGCGAAGUCGUUGAAGAAGAUGAUUGGUUUAAAAAAACAAAUAAUGAUUUAGAAAUUAUUGAAUAUGAUGAGGUUAUUUCUUUGUAUGAUGUUCUCGAAGCAGAACAAAAGAAAAAUAUAGAUUUGAUCUUAAAUAAUAACUUGAAAGUUAUAUUGACCGGAAUAAACGAUUUGAAAGAUUUGGAUAUAGAUAAUAUCGAACAUUAUAAGCGAAUAAAUAUAGAAUUAUCAUUGGAAAAUGAAAAUUACGAAGUAUUUGGAUCAAUUAUAACAAAUGAUAAUUUAAAGUCUGAAGAUUUUCUUGCAAGAUUUAGGUUGUUCGAUGUUAAUGGAUUUUCUGUAAUGAUAAAACCUUUAAAAAGAUCGAAGGUCGAUAUCAGAACUUGUCACAUAUUGUGGAUGAUUGUUGGAAAUCCUUCGAAAUUGUCAGUUUUUAGUCCAAAUAAUCGAGAUAUUCAAGUUGAUUUCAUCGAAAGAUCUAUUGCAUUAAACGUUGAUGAUUCAUUCUAUUACAUAAAAACGCUUCCUUUAUCCAAAGGAAAUAUCAUUCUCAUUGAUGCAUACUACCCAUCAACAAAUUAUGAGCCGCAUAGUAUUUUCAAGUUAGUUGAAUGGGAAGAUGAAGCUAUUAAUUUUCAAAUAAUCAAAUCAACUUAUAAUGAGUCGAGUUUGGAUAGUUCCGAAGUUCAACAUGGUGAAAAUAUCAAUUCUUUAACAAAUAUUGAGCAUUCUGCUAAUAUAGUACUACAUAUUUGUAUACUUCAUUCUGAUUAUGGAAGUUUAAGGAUUGAUAAUCACGAAAAAGAGUGUGAUUUGGACUUAUUUGGGUAUAUUUUAACUAAAGAAAAUUUGAAUAAGAAAUUUGAAGAAAUUGAUAAAUUUGAUAGUAUUCAAAAUACAAUUGGACGCCCUUUCAUAAAUGAUUAUACCUCAAAAAUUAAAUGGGGGAUAGAGCCAACAAAAUUGUUGCUUGAAUAUUUGAAAGAAAGUAAGGAAAAGGUUCGAAGUUUACAAAGGCGUGGCUCUAUCGCUAAAAGUGUUAAAAAACCCCUCUGGAUGGGUGCUUCCCAAAUGUUACACAAAAAUAAAUACGAAUUUACUGAUAUGCAAUGUGAAUAUAAAUUUAAAAAUCUUAAAAAGAACAUCAAAAGUGGUUCUAAAUCUUGGAAGUCAGAAAUUGAAGAGAUUAUUGGAAGGAAACAAUUAAUUGAGUUAAAAUAG